AUGGGAUUCGAUUUUCGAACUGGGAUGUCGAUUGUAGUAAGUGAUUAUAUGGUUAUAGGGCUCGGGGCUCCUGUUAACGGUUACUUUAGUUUACAUAAGGUUUGUGCCUAUCCCAUCUAUACUUUUCCUACCCAACAAACGAAGCGAAGCGAAGGGUCCUGUGUCCCGUACCUCUCCCUUGGCCUGGGAAUGAUAGAAGAACAGGUCGUGCCUAAAAUGUAUAAAUAUUGUGGUUGCCUUUCCAAGCUCAUUUACUGCAAUUGGAGUGCUUGGAACACUACAUUGCCGGAUUAUCUAUUCUGGACAAAGUUGAUGGAGCAAUUUCACAACCAUCUGUUUCUUAGCUCGACAUUGGUGAGAACAUUGAAGUAUGAUGCUCGACUGAUGAGAACAUUGAAGUAUGAAGCUCAAGGCGUGAGAACAUCAAGUAUGAAGUAA